AUGCGUAUAUCGAGCAGCCUUCUUUUUACAACACUUCUGAGUGGUCUUUCAGGCAGUGCCCAUGCUCAUGGAACCAAGCACCACCACCGCCUCCGCGACGGGUGGCACCUGACAGAUACACACAUCCAUGUGCUUCCUCCGUUCUACGUUGCCGCAGUGGCCAAAGCCGGUGGUGAUCCCUCCGGAUUCCCAACGCCCGAGUGGUCCCUGGAAGGGACAUUGCGCAGCAUGGAAAGCGUAGGGUCUAAGAAGGCCGUCGUAUCUCUGUCAACCCCUGGGGUUCCUGUCAUGGGAACUGGGAAAAAGGCUCGCACCCUCUGUCGCAACGUCAAUGACUUCCUGGCGAACCUCACGCAGGAAGCUCCCACUCAUUUAGAAUUCUUCGGGGCUCUUCCGGACUGGCGAGAUGUUGAUGGCACUCUAGCCGAGAUUGACUAUAUCUUCAAGACUCAAAAGGCAGCUGUUGGGGUUGGGAUGUAUACUGCGUAUGGGGAUAUGUUACCCGGCGAUCCGACCUUUGAUCCGAUAUGGGAGAGACUGAACAUGUACAAGGCAUUAGUGUUCAUGCAUCCUGGAGUCAUGGAUGUGAAACCCGCCUUUGUCGCUGGGGUCUUGCCACAGCCUAUCAUUGACUACCCCCAACAGACCACUCGCGCGGCCGUCGACCUAGUGCUUCGCGGGGUUCGUACACGCACGCAGGAUGUGGACCUGAUUCUAUCUCAUGCAGGCGGCACCCUUCCCUACCUAUCCACUCGUGCAUUGGGAAGUCUUGUGGUACCACAAGUUUCCAGUGCCGUGAACGUGACCAUACCUCAGGUCAAGGCUGAAUUCCGCCGCUUCUACUACGACAUUGCCCUCAGUACCACCGAGACCCAACUUACCGGGCUGUUGUUAAAUACGGAUACAUCGCAUGUGUUGUACGGAUCCGAUUAUCCCUAUGCCCCUGCGGUGGCGAUUGCAGAGGGCAAAGUCAGCUACCUCUCCUUUGCACACAACCACCCAGAACUGGGCCCCGACAUCCUUUCGAAAAACGCCAAAGAUCUACUCGUCAAGCAUAGGCUCUCGGCAAAUCUGGAUGAGUAG